UACGAGAGGAGAAGAAGACUUCGCUCCUUCGCAGGGACCAGCGCGUCUUCUUGUCCUCCAAAAUGUCCAAGUUACAGCAGCUCAGACUCUUCGUGAAUGAGCGUCUGACAGCAGCAGCGGAGGAAAUCUUCGGCGCCGUGGAGAGAACCAUAUUAGAGUUUCACACUGACAAAGCUUUUGUGUCCCAGUCAGAAGAUGUGAAGCCCAACGAGCUGCUAACGCUAGCCGAGGCUCUCAAAGCAGAGGAGGAGGAGGUGUUCCCGGCAGGCUCCCAACAGGCGAGUGUAUCCGAAGCAGAGGUCUCCACACAGACAACAUAUGCUCAGGCCAGUCAGCUGUUGGUGAAGCAGGACAUACUGAGAGCAGACUUUCUGGUAAAUCAGGAACACUGGCCGAGAGGAGACAAAGGCCAGCUGCAGGAUCUGUUACACUGUGAAGCUGUGGCUUGUUUCAAAUCUGAACAGAGCGCAGGGUCCCCCUCCUCAUGCUUUCAGAGCCAAAGUGUGGCAAGCACACAGGGAGUAGUGCUUUUCCCCCAUGCCUCAACAGAGUCUAGGAAAAUUAAGCAGGAAGCAGAUGGAUGUGGAGGAUCGGAUUUCUGCCAGCCCAUCUCCUCAGAUAGUGGGGCUGAAAAUGAUGCCUGUGAUAAUGAAAGGAUGGAGAGCAGAGCAUCCAAUUCAAAGACAGUGCAGCCAAAAACAAAGCAAAAGCAGAAGCAGAAGAGUUCCAGCUUAAGCACUAAGAAAAGGACAAGUCCUUUCUGUUGUAAGCUCUGUGGAGAAUCUUUCUGCCACAGGAAUUCAUUGAUGAUUCACCUGAAAACACACGGAGACUGUGCGCUGCAGCACAUAGAAACACACAAGGAGGACAAUCUGUGUCACGUCUGUGGCAAAACAUUCACCACAAAGACCCAUUUAAAACGGCACAUGCUGAUCCACACGGGUCAGAAGCCUCACUGCUGCAAGGAGUGCGGCAGGAGAUUCGCACGAGGCGAGUGUUUGAGAGUGCACAUGAGGAUCCACACAGUGGAGAGGCCGUACACAUGUGGAGUGUGUGAGAAAGGAUUCAGACAGAGAAGUAAUCUAAUUACUCACAUGAGAAAGCAUACGGGAGAGAAACCUUACCGCUGUGGCAUCUGCUCAAGACCAUUUGCAUACAAGAAGGACAUGCUGAGACACACGCAGAUCCACACAAAGACGUGAAAGACUCUCCACCGUGAUAAGCUUUGGUCUAGUACUUCUGAGUUUAACUUGUUUGCUGUUAUAAAUUUUUUUCCUUUUGGUUAAGUGUGAAAAAAGAGAAGUGAAAGUGUGUUUAUUAAUAGAGCAAAGUGCAUUUUCAAAAUGCUUGUUGUAGAUUGCAAGGGCUAGGCAGUUAAUCCCAUUUUAACCUCCUUUACAAACAAAAAACAAACAAAAAACAUUUCAUAAAUAUUAAAAAUAAGCGAGUCUGCUGCUGCCUGGAUGCAUUCAUACAUCUGCAUGGUCAGACAUCUCAGUUGAGACUGUGCGCCACCAGAAGCUGCCCAGUCUUCUACCAGAUGAAAGUGUCUUUGUCAUUUAUUUAAUUUCCAAUUGAAUUAUAUUUUUUGACAUUAAGCAGGCCUGCAAAGUGUCUCACAAGAGCAACAUAAUAUUACAUGUCAUGGGUGGGUGUGUGGGGGGGUCCUGGGUGUUUUUAAUAUAGCUGCAUUAAUGUGUAGAACCUCUCUAAAAUAAUUAAUAAUAUCAUUUUAGUGUGUUCAUGUGUGUGAACAGCCUGUUCUGUUUUUAAGGGUAUCAACAGGGCCGUGUUCCAGA